ACUACAAAGUGAUGCAGUGGAGUAAAAAUAGAAACAAGACUGGAUAUUUAAGACAUUGCCAAACAGACUACUUGGUACACACACUGAUGAUGACACAUGGUUUGAUCGCUUGUUGUAUCCGUCUACGUUAAGUUUUGUGCAAGUAAAGUUAGACAGAAGUGAAAGAAGAAGUUUGUUGGUACAUGCUCACUUUUUACACAUAGAAGUUAAGGACAUUCACACCCUCGACCCGAUCCCACCAUGCACUGUGUGAGCAGGGGCGGCUGCUACCUGCUGAACUCCCACUGUGAGCUUCAGGAGGAAAACCAGCGGAAGAAGGAGAGCUACCAAGCAUGCUGGCUGAGCCUGGUCCUUGAAACAAGACCACAAUACAAGCUGACACUGUCAGAGACAGACAACAUCCGUAGAGAGAGUUACAAGCAGCAGCAGGUGAUCCACUUCACGGUGGAGAGGAGUCUCAGUCAGAGGCUGAGGCUGGGCAGCGACAGCAGAGGCAUGACAGAGCACCAGCUGCCCCUCUUCAACACCAACAAGGACCUACAUCAUGCGGAAACCACCUUUGGGUGCACAGAACAAAAAACAGUUGUACUACGGAAGGGGAAUAAUGGAGUAGAUACACGGAAGGUGACCGCGAUAACUCAGGACCUCAGCAAGCCAGUCCGAGUGAACUUCAGAGCCUCAAAGCUGAUGUCCUCCCCCAGAGAAACCUCUCUGAGGGUGCAGAGGAGGGAGUGACGCAAGGUGGUGGAAGGCAUGUAAAGGGACAGGAAAUAUAACAACGCCUUUGUACUUGUAAUCUGCACACUGGUAAUAAUAAAUUAAAUUGCACUUCUAAAUUGUAUAUUGUGUAACUAUCUAAAGCACGUGUCAAACUCAAGUCCCGUGGACCAAAUCUGGCCCCUCGCAGAUUUAGAUCUGGCCCGUGUAUCAACUUAGGUUAACAAAAGAUUUUGGCCAGCCUAGUUGUGCGCCAAUCCAAAAACA